AUGCUGUCGGAAGGUUACCUUCAUAGAAUCACCUACCUGUGGGAAGACCCGAACCCUGCGCUCUACGAGAGUUUGCCUGAUGAAGGGGUGUAUGAAAUGAGGCCCAUUAGUUAUUCUUCCAUAGGUGAAGCCCAAGGAAAAAGCCUCCUUCAGAGAUGCAGAUCUGCUGGCAAGUGCAUUUCCUCAGUCUGCUCUAGAGGUAGCAAGCACAGCAGAAGGCAGAAGGAUAAUCUCCCACAACCUGUCCAGCACCCAACACCCACAGGGCAGCCACCUCCAGCUACGCAUGUCUGUGAGGAGCUGACAAAAAAAGUCACCUACCUGGUUCCACCCUCCUGCAAGAGCAUUUGCAAGAACUACAACGAUUUGCAUAUAGCUGGGGACUACGUGGUGCCAAUUAGCUCGGUCACGACAGAUUUUGCUUGUGACAGCGGCAUAGGCCCCUUCUUGGAGUCCUCAGAGAUUCCUCCCGCCAUGGAGUCUGUGAAGGCUCCCCCCACGAGUGACACCAUCCGCAGGCCGGGCCAAGGCCACUCCUCGUGCUGGCGGCUGGCCAGCCUCGGGCCCCACCAGCAGCCCCUCUCCGACUCUGCCCUGAACGACUACCUGGAGCAGAAGCUGGUGGAACUGUACAAGCAGUACAUCAUGGACAGCACGGCAAACAGGGCAUCCCCCACCCAGAUCCUGGCCUCGGAGCUAAUCAUGACCAACGUGGAUCAAAUCAGCAUGCAGAUAUCACGGGAGAGGAACAUGGAGACUGUCAAGGCCAAAGACAUUGUCAUUAGCCGCUUCUUACAAAUAGCCAGUGGGAAAGUUUCCUCAGAAAUGAGCACACCUACUCUGCAUAUUUCCCAGUAUAGUCACAUUAAUGCUUAGUGUUUGAAUGUUAGAAAGUUUUUAUGUUCUUCAAAGUCGGUUUUUAGUUUUAAGAUACUUUCUGCUUAAUAGAAAUGCAUUUACCAUCCAACACUUAAA